CUGUAGCCUCUCGUGCUCUUUUUGUUAAGCCUUAACCGUAAAUAAUAUGCGCGGGCGACAUAUAAUGCGGCAUCCGUGGCAUGCAGUGAUCUUCUGUUAUCGCACAGCAUGCAUGAAGCAGAAGACAAAUUCGUUCCUUGGCUAAAUGAAUCAAUAACCUACCCUUAAGUUGCAUAUUGCUAGUAGAAGUCAAACCUGCCACUGUAGAAGGUCUAGCUAGCAUAUUAGCCUAGGCCUCAGAAACGAUUGCGUAACCACCAAAAAGCUUCACUGUGAGUGGCCAGAAUGUGCUCUGACGUGGGCAUUUCCUUUACGAGACAUCUCGUUCAGGCAGACUGCGACAGGAUUCGUUCUCUACGAGCCGGCGGUUGGGAAGGUCGGAGACACCAAUUUUCAAGGAGCUCUCCUAAGCAGCCUGAACACGAUGUACCCGACCACCUUGACACAACUGGCCCGGGCGAAUCCCUUCAGUGCCCCGCUGUUCUCACUGCAAAAAACUGAGGAGCCCAAACAGACAACCAAUGUCAAUGGACAAACCCGAAGAUUUGCGGCCGCAGCAGUGGCGGACGAAGCGGAAGUGAGCUGCGAUUUUGGCUCCUUAAAAUACUAUGCUCUGUGUGGAUUUGGGGGUAUCCUGAGCUGUGGCAUCACUCACACGGCAGUUGUGCCCCUUGAUCUGGUCAAGUGCCGCCUACAGGUGGAUCCAGAGAAGUACAAGACCAUCUUCAAUGGCUUUUCAGUCACAAUGAAGGAGGAUGGUAUGAGGGGUCUUGGUAAAGGCUGGGCACCUACCUUCAUUGGCUACUCCAUGCAGGGUCUCUGCAAGUUUGGUUUCUAUGAGGUGUUCAAGAUCUUCUACAGCGAUCUGCUUGGUGAGGAAAAUACUUACUUGUGGAGGACAUCCCUCUACCUGGCAGCUUCUGCUAGUGCAGAGUUCUUUGCCGACAUAGCCCUGGCUCCCAUGGAGGCAUGCAAAGUGCGUAUCCAGACCAAGCCAGGCUACGCCAACACCCUAAGGGAGUGUCUCCCCAAGAUGUAUGCGGAGGAGGGCAUGUGGGUGUUUUAUAAGGGUGUGGUGCCUCUGUGGAUGAGGCAGAUUCCAUACACCAUGAUGAAGUUUGCCUGCUUUGAGCGCACCGUGGAGCUGCUCUACAAGUACGCCGUGCCCAAGCCCCGCAACGAGUGCAGCAAGAGCGAGCAGCUGAUCGUCACCUUUGUUGCUGGUUACAUCGCUGGUGUGUUCUGCGCUAUUGUGUCCCAUCCUGCUGACUCUGUGGUCUCCGUGCUGAACAAGGAGAGCGGCAGUACCGCUAUGGGGGUUCUCAAAAAGCUUGGGCCGAGAGGCGUGUGGAACGGUCUUGUGCCCCGUAUCAUCAUGAUCGGUACCCUGACUGCUCUGCAGUGGUUCAUCUAUGACUCCGUGAAGGUCUACUUCCGUCUGCCCCGCCCCCCUCCCCCCGAGAUGCCUGAGUCCCUGAAGAAGAAGCUGGGCCUCACUGAGUAGAGCACCAAACACACUUCCCCAACACCCCAUGUGCUAAUGGCUUUCUUUUCUAUAUUUAAAACCCCAACUACCACCGCUCCCCACCUCUACGGCUGCUGUACACACAAACCAAGACAGACGACAGAAUGAACAUGUUUGUUUAAGAGACAACGGAAAAAGCAAAGUAAAUGCAGUCAUUUCGGCCCCAAACCCAAUGUUUUGUCAAUUUAAGAUUAAACUGUACCUGGACGAAA